AUGGCGACUCAGGCUCUCCUCUCCGGGCGGCAGCUGCUGGGCCGCCCCGUGCAGUCGGCCGUCUCCAGGUCGUCGGCGAGGAAGGCGCCCUUCGUCGUCAGGGCCAGCUCCAGCCCUCCAGCCAAGCAAGGUGCCGACAGGCAGCUGUGGUUCGCGUCCAAGCAGUCCCUCUCCUACCUCGAUGGCACGCUGCCCGGCGACUAUGGGUUCGACCCGCUGGGGCUCUCGGACCCGGAGGGCACCGGCGGCUUCAUCGAGCCCAAGUGGCUGGCCUACGGCGAGGUGAUCAACGGGCGCUUCGCCAUGCUGGGCGCGGCGGGCGCCAUCGCCCCGGAGGUCUUCGGCAAGCUGGGCAUCAUCCCGCCGGAGACCGCGCUGCCGUGGUUCAAGACGGGCGUCAUCCCGCCCGCGGGCACCUACAACUACUGGGCCGACUCCUACACGCUCUUCGUCUUCAACAUGGCGCUCAUGGGCUUCGCCGAGCACCGCCGCCUCCAGGACUGGUACAACCCCGGCUCCAUGGGCAAGCAGUACUUCCUCGGCCUCGAGAAGUUCCUCGCCGGCUCCGGCGACCCGUCCUACCCCGGCGGGCCCCUCUUCAACCCGCUCGGCUUCGGCAAGACCGAGAAGGAGUUGAAUGAGCUCAAGCUCAAGGAGAUCAAGAACGGCAGGCUCGCCAUGCUCGCCAUCCUCGGCUACUUCAUCCAGGGGCUCGUCACCGGCGUCGGCCCGUUCCAGAACCUGCUCGACCACCUCGCCGACCCCAUCAACAACAACGUGCUCACCAGCCUCAAGUUCCACUAG